AUGCUGCAGCUGGAGCUGUGGGCGGCCGCGGCGCUGAUGCUGCUCGGGGCGGCCGUCAGCCUCUGCAUCAGGUGCCAGCUCUCAGCUACCAAACGGGAGGCGCAGCUGAACAAGCGGAGGAGCCAGCUUGAAAGCCAGCAGAGAUUUGAGGUGAUUCGAUCCCACACCAUUGCAACCCGAAGGCUGGAAAAAAGUAAGGGACCUGAAGACUUAUCAAUAGCAAGUAAAGCCACCAAGGAGCUCAGUGCUUCCCAUCACCCUGGAUAUGGGAGCAGGGAUGAGCCCAGGUACCAGAAUUUCCUGGCAGAGAGCUGCCUGCAGGAAGACACUGCCUAUGUGGAGCCCAUGGCUCUGGAUCACUACUACAACUGCAGCAGGCUCUUCAAUCCACCCCGUGUGAGGUCUCCAGGCAAGCAAGAGAAAGACGAGGAUUCCUAUUCCUAUGAAAAUGUCACCAUUGGAGUGUCCCAGGGCUCUGAUCCAGAUGAUGCUGUGGACUAUGAGAACAGCAUGGCAAUACUUGCAUGGAAACUCCAGCAAGGGCAAGCCCCCCUGACAGAAAGCCUGGAUGAUGAGCCAGACUACAUCAACACAGCUCCUGGGUCAGGCCCUGCCCUGCUGCCAGAGCAAAGUGUUCUGCAUAAAGUCUGAAGAAAUCUUUUGCUGAGCUGUAAGAGUGCACCCAGUGAACAAGCACACAGGGAGGGGGGAG